UGCACGGGCAAUGGAUCGGCGAUGUGACGCGAUUGUCCGACCCCAUCUACUCCGACCCCAUCUGGGAGGCCUCUGUCGCCACGAGUGCGCGUCGGGCCACCACGUGCGGCGCUCUGAGCCCCCGCCCGCACUUGCGCGAGCUGACCAGGCGGUCAGCGAGUCCGGCCGAUCAGCGUAGCCACGUGCUGCCGCUGUCGGGACGCACUGGCUCGUAGCAUCAGAGAGCGCGGCCUGCCUUGAGACACAGACGCGCCGUGCCUCCCCUUGUCCUGCUCGCUUCCUCGCGCCCGUGGCCACGUGGGGCUUACGCAUCAGGCGCAAGCUCGAAGCUCCGAUCGCCCGGUAGGUUGCACCGAAGCAUAUGACAUGAUGGCGUUCGUGGCCCCGGCUGGCUCCGCAAGCGCCGUGCGCCCGGCGGUCAGGCCGGCCGCCGCCGCUGCCGCCAGGCUCGAUGCCACCGCGAACGCCGUCGGCCCCGAUCCGGGCCAGAAGCCCGCGAACGUGGCGGCGGCCAGCGGCCUCCUCGCCCUGGGGGCCUGCGGCGUGGCGGCGCGCCGGCGCGGUAUGCACCGCGCGGGCCGCGCGCGUGCGGCGCGCGUGGUGUGCAGCGCGGAGGGUGGCGGCCGCCCGGCCUUGACGCUUGGCACGCGCGGCUCACCGCUCGCCCUCGCGCAGGCCUACGAGGCAAAGAGGCGGCUCGGGGAGAAGUUCCCGGAGCUCGCGCCGGACGAGGCGGUGGAGAUCAGGAUUAUCUCGACGACAGGCGAUCAGCGGUUGGAGAUUUCUCUGUCCGAGAUCGGCGGCAAGGGUCUCUUCACCCGGGAACUCGACGUGGCGCUGGCGUCCAAGGAGGUGGACUUCUGCGUCCACUCCACGAAGGACGUGCCGACGGAUCUGAUCCCUGACACGGAGCUGUGCACGAUGCUGCCACGAGAGGACACGCGCGAUUGCUUCAUCAGUGGCAACCCCGACUGCACCAGGAUUGCGGAUCUUCCAGACGGUUCGGUGAUCGGCACAGCGUCUUUGAGGCGCCAGUCCCAGAUCUACAGCGUGAACCCAACGCUCCGAUGCGUGAACUUCCGCGGCAACGUGCAGACCCGGCUGCGCAAGCUGAAGGGCGGCGAUGUUGACGCCACGCUGCUGGCGUACGCGGGCUUGAAGCGCAUGGACAUGACGCAGCAUGCGACCAGCGUGCUGGAGUGGGACGAGAUGCUGCCCGCCAUCGCCCAGGGCGCCAUCAGCUUCCAGUGCCGCUCCGACGACCAGCGGGUGCUCGACUACCUCAGGCCCCUGUCGCACGAGCAGACGUUCCAGUCCGUCACCUGCGAGCGGGCUUUCCUCGCCGCCCUGGACGGCAACUGUAAGACGCCGAUCGCGGGGCAGGCCCGCGUCGAGGACGGCCAGUUGCUCUUUAAGGGCCUCGUCGCGUCCCCAGACGGCCAAAAGAUCUUCCGGGUCGAGCGUGCAGGGUCUCCGUCAGACGCCACGGAGAUCGGCCGGGAUGCGGGCGCGGAGGUGCGGAAGGAGGCGGGUGAGAAGUUCUUCGAGGACAUGCAGGACUACGUGCAGGAGGUGCAGGCGGCCAACACGAAGCCGACCAAGGCCCCGGCGAGCGCGUGAGGGCAUCGGCCUUGCUUCUCGAUCUCGGCAGCUGGUCGGCAGCGGAGCGGCUUCGUAGCCCUCCGAGGUCCGCGCUGGGCCGCCUCCUCUGUCGCUCGCCCUGCGCGGUUUCUGCCCCCCGACCCCCCUCACAGCACACCUUCCUCCCGUCUCUGCGUGUGGCAUCUUCCUCCUCGAGGCGUGAUCAGGCCGCUUCGUUUCAGACUGGCAGUUGCCUGGUACAGCAAAGGUAUUUUUAAAGUGCACGCUACUGCACAGCAAAAUGUUCUUGCUUCGUUCCUACCUCGUCCUCUCCCUUCGCCAGUUCCUGUUCUUGCGGGCCAUUUUUUCCCAUGGUUCGCCCGAGCCCUCCCACAUCGACUCUCUACUUGGAGACGCUCGUUUUUGUCCAGCUGAGCUAAGUUCGGCUGUUGCGAGCUUGUGGGGAUCUGACUGGCGUUGCGUUCCAGGGACACCGUCAGCCCGUCCCCAUGCGGCAUGUGGCCCAUGCGAGGGGAAGGUGCGUACAGAUGGUCGCGGUCUCUGGUCUUUGGGUUUCAGAGUCGCAAUCGAGACAUGUCAAGACCGAUGAACCAUGGAGGGACGAUAUGGAAUCCUGCC